ACCAUAGAGGAUAUGGAUUAUGGGCUCGCCUUCCUCAAAGGAGAGGCCAGAAUUUAACUGACCAGAUGAACAGAGUACCAGUGCCUCUCGGCUCUUGCAGCCAUGGUCGUUGUGACAGUUAGUCCUUCUUCUUCCUCUCUCCAUAUUAACCUGCGACACCUAUCAAGCAUCGCUUCCAACUCCUCAGUAGUCCCUUUGCUACAUCUCCACCAUAUCUCUAGAAGCUCUUCCAGGUCCAGGAGAUCAGCAAGUGGUAAUGGGGUCUUGGUUGUUAAGGCUUAUAUGGAGGAUUCGAACUCAAUGGCGAGCUUCGCUGGGAAAGUCAUCGGUUCUCUCCCUCUGAUUGGCCUCGUUGCCAGGAUUUUUAACGACGAAGGAGGGCUCGGAGGCGACAUUAUCGAUUUUGCGGAGUUCCGGAGGAGGGUCGGGAAGAAGUGUUCUGUAAUGGAUUCCAGAGCUUUUUACGAGUUCCAAGAUCGGCGAGGCCGGGCUGGGGAUACUUUGUAUGUUCUGCUCUGCUGUUGGUUGGCUGCAGUUGGUGCUGGUCUACUAAAGUCAGAGGAAAUUCUGGAGGGUGUUGCAAGGCUUCGCAUUUCUAAUGAUAUUGAAUUUGAAGAGGAGAACUUCAUUUCCAUCAUGAAUGCAGCAAGAGAGAGGCGAGCGAAGCUGAAGGUUGCUACUCCAUCAAUUCCGAUGGAUAUUCGAGCUGAGAAAGCCCUUGAUGCCAUCUACGUUUGUUGUUUUGGAAAGGACCCAAUAGAAGAAGAAGAUGAGAGAUUGCUCUCUAUCAUGCUUAACGCAGUUUUUCCCUCAGUCGGGCAAUCUGAUAUAGAUAGGAUUGUUCAAGCCAAGACAAAGAAGAUUGCUGAAGGUGGUGAAGAUGAAAGUUUCCCUGAGCCCAAGUCUUUAUCAGAAGAAGCAGUUAGAUUACAGAUGAAGGAUCUCGAGUUCCUAAAACAGAACAGUGAAACCUAAGAGGCAAAUUUUGCUUCCUUGUUGUCGUAACACUUCUGAUUAUGAAGCUUGGGAAAUCUAUGGAUCUUGUUCCUUUUUUCC